AUGAGUCUGGUGGAGGUGAGGCAGAUAACGGGGUCUCUCACCCUGUCCCUGUCCAGCAACGACCCCAAGGAGCGGUACUUUGACCGCAUGAGCGACGAGAGUGACCAAGAGUACCUCCGCAGCAGGAGCUUGUCUCCGGACCUGAGGCAGGACUUCAACAUGAUGGAGCAGAAGAAGAGGGUCACCCAGAUCUUGCAUAGUCCAGUGUUUAAAGAUGAGUUGGAAGGCCUAAUUCAGGACCAUGUGACGAAGGGCACCAACACCACAGGUCUCCUGGCUCUGAGGCAGAUUGCUGACCUGGUCAUGGCGAGCACCAUGGGAGGGGCUGGUACCCUGACUUCACCCAUCAGUGUCGGGAUGGUGACUCCAGUCAAUGACUUGUAUGGCAUCGAGUCCCCCUCCUUUGCCAAAGGGGAGAAAGAGAGUCGCUGCAGGCUGGCCAGCCUCUACAGGCUCGUUGACCUCUUCAGUUGGUCUCGUUUUACAAGCUCCUACAUUACUGUGCGUGUCAGUAAAGAGCAGGACCAUGUUCUUAUCAGUCCAAGAGGUCUGUCUUUCGCUGAGGUCACGGCAGCAAAUUUGGUGAAAGUAAACAUUAUUGGUGAGGUGGUGGACCAGGGUUCUACUGAUCUGGGUAUUGACAACUUUGGAUUUGCUCCUCACGCUGCCAUUUACUCAAUGCGCCCUGAUGUGAGAUGUUUAAUCCACAUACAUACCCCCGCUACAGCUGCUGUGUCCUCCAUGAAAUGUGGAAUCCUGCCCAUUUCCCAGGAGGCUUUGCUUCUGGGAGAUGUGAGCUGCUUUGGUUACCAUGGCAGCCUGGAUAAUAAAGAGGAGAAGGUGGAGUUUCAGAAAGCUCUGGGCCCUAAUGCCAAGGUGAUGCUCCUGAGGAACCACGGGCUGCUCGCUUUGGGAGAAACGAUAGAAGAGGCUUUUUACUACGUGUACCACUCACAGCAAGCUUGUGAAAUCCAGGUGAAUGCUUUGGGGUGUUCAGGCGGCGCGGACAACCUCGUGCUCCUGGACAGAGAGAAGUUUAAACCCCUGACUCGGGGAGGGGCCGCUGCCGGGUUGGUGAUGGACAAUGAGGUCAAGUGGAAAGUGGGCGAGGCCGAGCUCGAGUCCCUUAUGAGGAUGCUGGACAACCUGGGAUACAGAACAGGAUACUCUUAUAGGAACCCCAUCGUCCGUGAAAAGCCCCGCUCUAAGAACGACGUGGAGAUCCCUGCCACGGUGUCAGCUGUGCCACCAGAGGACAGUGAGCUGGGCCUGCGUAGCCCCUUGACGUUCAUGGUGCAGAAGCAGCAGAGAGAAAGGACCCGGUGGCUCAACUCGCCCAACAGCUACUUGAGGGUCAAUGUUCCUGAACACUCACCCAGCGGAGAUGUCAGCCCCAGAACCAAGACCAUGUGGAUGAAGUCUUCAGAGCCAGGCAAUAGCGUCGGCACAUCAAUAAAGAUCGAGGACCCCAACCAGUUUGUCCCACUCAACACUAAUCCCACAGAGGUUUUGGAUAAGAGGAACCGGAUAAAACAACAGCACAGAGGUGACAUGAUGACUGCCGGACCAAAAUCUCAGUUACUAGCAGGCAUUGUUGUGGACACCAUAAAAGGCCCAGCUUUCAUCGUUGAAGACGAAGAGCACACUCGCUCUCUUCCUCCCAACCCUUUCAAUGAGCUCACAGAGAGGAUGCUGGAGGAAUACAAGAGCCUGGUAGAAAGAAAGCAGCAAGGCCAAGACGAAGAUGACGACGCCACCGAUGCAGAUGAGAUGACGACAUUUGAUGGCUCUACUAUCUCCCUCUCCCUCUCUCCCUUAAUGACGCCAGCUAAACAAGACACAAUACCCAAUGGGAAAGACCACUCGGAAGAGACGGACGAGGAUCUGAGCAUUGAGGUAUCCAAGCUGAGUGUGAGCACUUCGGAAACGGUGGAAGUCUCCAUCACUUCGAACGAGAAGACGGGGGACGCCGAGACCCCGGAGAGCCAAACCAAGUCGCCCAAGAAAAAGAAAAACAAGUUCCGCACACCUUCAUUCUUGAAGAAGAGCAAGAAAAAGAAGGAUGAGAAAGAAAAAACAGAAGCCUGAAGGCAUUUACUGUAAAAACAAAACAACAACGACGACGAUUAGUGUUUCUCUAGGAAAACAUCUGAACUGCCUUCUUAAUUUUCAGCUUGUUGAAGGGAAGUGAAACAGGAGAAGAGACUAUGAUUUAGUCAGAAGUCUCGCAGGACUGUGUUGUUUUUACACAGCUUCCUACGUUCAUAUUAUUUCAUGUGAAAGUUUUUCCAAGAAGUGCCGGCAGAUGGUAAUGUGGACGCUUUUCGUCCCGCGAGAAUGUGUGAUUCAUCACCCCUAAAGGGCUCAGUCGAAUGAAAUCAAAUGAACAAAACUUGCUUGUUAUUACCCAUAUUUUUAAUGGGGUUUAAAAAUGGAUAUCAAAGGUUAUGAAAACAUCGGAUUACAGUUACGUAUUUGUGAUUUUAUUUUGCACAAGUUCAUCGUUGAAUGUAUACCGAAAGCUAAGGAAAUUGUUUUAACAAUUUAACAAUCACACUAGUGUAGUGUAACAGCGGCCGAACGCGUCAAGAUUACACGACGUUCAGCCUCAUAAGAAGUACGAUUUCUAUCUGGACGUAGUCAUAGUUUUACUAUCUUGUAAUAAUAUAUGUUGGUUUUUAUUAUAGGUAUUACAAUAUAGUGUUUGAUAGUUAAAUAAAUGAUUUUAUAGUAAAUAUUUACUUUACCUACUAAUAUUUACUUUACCUACUAACUCUUAUACUAAACAUGCUGUGAUUGAUGAUUCAGUAAUAAUUCAUAUUGUUUUUACAUUUAUGUCAGUGGUAUUGUUCCCAUGGUUGCUGCUUUAUUGUGAUUGUGACUAGAAUAUCACUGAUCGUUUGGAUGUCGACGACGAAAGCGCGGCGACCGAAUCACAGGAAGUUUGAAAGUGAUGGGUUUUGUCAGUCGAUAGCAAUAUGCUGUGGAAAGCUCGUCUUUCAUAGCCACCGUUAAGAGUUUGAUAUUAAGUAUAUUAGAGGACCAUAUAUUUACAUCCCAGUCAACAAUGUGAAUGAUUUGUUUUGACCCAAAAAGGGAGUGAACUCUUUGCCUUUUGUAAAUAGUUUUUUGUGAAGUUCUUUUGUUACGCUGAACCAAAUGUUAAAACGAUGAAACAUAGAAAUGUGACAGUACAAUCUAAUAACAAUAUUUUAACACUUCUUUUAUCAUAUUUUAUAUUCACCGUAAUUAAGCUCCCCAUUUAGUGAACAUGCACAGCGCAUCGUGUUUACAAAUUGUAUUUACUUAUGUCCUUCGUGUGCCUAGUGCUUGUAUUUUCCUGCAUUGUUUACAUUGCUAUUUGUAUCGCCUGAGUUUUGUCCACGGUGCUUUACAUUGCAGUCGCCUUCCCUUACAGUCAGACCUUUUAAAAUGGCCUUCCACCUAAUGUAAUAAAAGCUCAGAUAUGUUUUCACAA